UCUUUUCUAAAUCUUGUGCGGAAGCAAAAAGUGAUUUUAGGGAUUCCAAAGGUUUGAGAGAAACGCAAGUAACCUAACAAAGCAGUUCAGCAGCUAUGUCCCUUCCUAUUGAAGUUAUACAAGAAAAUCAGCUCCCAAAAAUGGAGAACUCGGAGGAACAGGAAAUCAAGGAAAUAGAGAAGAUUGAGAAGAGAUUCAGCUUAUUCAGCUUCUCGAGGAAUUAUCCAUUUCUCAUUCUUCCGCAACUCUAUCUUGAAACUCAUCUUGACAGGGUGAUUAAAACAGAAGAGGAGAAGUUUGAUGAUUUAUAUGAUGACCUUGAACUAGAGGUCUAUGAGAAAUGGUUUCUCAAAGCUCUUAAUGAUGUUUUACCAAAUAGAGAGGAGAAGUUUGAUGAUUCAUAUGAUGACCUUAAACUAGAGGUCCUUGAGAAAUGGCGUCUCAAAGCUCGUAAUGAUGUUUUUGCAGAUGCAAAGGCAAAGAUGUAUGAUGACGCUAUUGCUGAGAUGAAAAGAAAGUCAAAGAUGAAGAAGGGAUCUCAUCCUUCCUUUAAAGUGAUAAAUAUUGAGGGAGAAGAUAAGGCAAUUGAAGGAGAUCCAGAGAUCAGAAUUCAGAAGAAACAUCCUAAACAAGAUCAUACUGUAUGGGCAACCUUCUUCAGCUCAGAAAUUGCCAUGGCAUGUUGUUUGGGCAAUCCUUUGGACAAGUUAUACAAAGUGGAAAGCAUUGGUAAGGUGAAGGAGCAAUCACUUAUAAAUUUUGGAGAAGCAGUUUCUGUCUAUGCUCCAUGCAUAACAUUUACUGCAAUAUUCUUCACGAACUUCAUUUACACAGCGAUUCUUACACGACCAUUGGCUUUUCGUGUGCAUGCAAACUCAAUGCUGCUGCUACUUUUCAUGUAUUACAUUUUAGCAUUUGCAGAAGCAUUGUCUAGUUAUGGUGUUGCCUUGGGUUCAACCGAAGUUCCUGCUCUUAUGUUUGUCUGUGGAGGGGCAAUUGGCCCAAUGCUGCUUAUGGGCUCCAUCAUCAUGGGGCUGAAGUCUGUCUUUAAAAACCAGAUUCCCUCUAAAAUAGGUUAAACUUUUUGGAUGGAAUACUAAAACAAUGACUUUCUCAUACAAUGCUAGGUCACACUUAUCAGUGACUUUCUUUUUCGUUUUUUUUCAAUGUGCUCGUGAAAUUAUUAGCUUGUACUUGCCGAUGAAAUGAAAUUGAGAACCGAUUUCUUCCCCA